GAUUUCCACCAGAUGUCUCUAUUUUGCUCGGAUCUACUGCAAGCCAUAGGAUACGUGCUCAAUAUCAAGUGGGUGCACCAAGGGAAGGUAGAGACGGGAGGAUUCUGCACAGCACAAGGCAUUGUUCAACAGUUAGGCGAGACAGGGGUCGCAAUGAUCACAUUGGCUAUCGCACUGCACACGUUCAUUGGAGUCAUGUGGAGAAAGGGCAUCCAUUCUCGCUAUGUCGCCUUUUUUGUCACUGGGCUCAUUUGGAUCUUCACAAUCCUAUUCGUUUCCAUUGGUGCCGGCAUACACAAAAAUGAUAACUAUGAGGCUCCCACCCCCUUCUGGUGCUGGAUAGGUGGGAAGUAUACAAGUGAGCGACUCUGGGGCGAGUACUUCUGGAUCUGGCUCGCUCUGUUCACCUCCUUCCUCGUCUACAUCCCGCUGUAUUACUGGAGCAAAGGAAACCUCUCUGUCGACCCCGAGACCUGGUGGCGGUUCCGCGUUCACCCGCGCAAUGCCGAGGGCGUAGAAGCGGGCGAGUCGAAGCGGGCGAUGCUGAUGCUAGCGUAUCCGCUUGUAUACUCCGUACUCGUUCUCCCGCUCUCCGUCGUCCGCUGGAUCAACUUCGGUCUGGAAAAGCACGGGAACGACGUGCCCUCCGUCUGGUCCUUCCUCGUCAUCACCGUCUUCAGCCUCUCGGGCGCGAUGAACGUCGGCCUCGUCCUCCUCACGCGUCCACAGCUGCUCCUUUUCGGCCAG